AUGAAAGCUGACAGAGAAAAGAGAAGGGCGAUCAGCCGCGAUGCAGCGCGGAGUAGACGGAAGAAAGAGGCUGACGUGUUCACAGACCUAUCGCACCUCCUGCCGCUGUCGCCCGACUUGGUGGCUCACCUGGACAAGCCCUCGGUCCUGCGUCUGACCAUCAGCUACAUGCACACCAGCACGUUGCUCACAGACUAUACUGCCGGUAGCUGUACGUCUUGGAGGGACCCGGGGAGUUACCGAUGCGCGUGGUCUGUGGGGGAGGAGGAGGAGGAGGGUCUGAAGAAGAGCAGAGAGGCCAAGCUGAGGAGCUGGGGGCUGACCGAGGGGGAGGCUGAGCUUUACCUGGGGGUCUCCGAGGGCUUUCUGCUGGUGGUCUCCACCAAGGGAGACAUGGUGUUUCUGUCUGAUAAUGUCUCCAAGCACCUCGGCCUGACUCAGGUGGAUCUGAUUGGACACAGCUUGUAUGACUUUUCCCAUCCUUGUGACCACAAAGAAAUUGGAAAUAACCUCCGCACAACAGGUGUGUGGGUGUGGGACUGCUGUUGGGCUGUCGAGAGAGACUUUGUCAUGAGGAUGAAGAGCACUUUGACACACAGGGGGAGGACCACCAACAUCAAGUCUGCAUCUUGGAAGGUCCUUCACUGUGAGGGCCGCAUGAAGGCGUGCAUGUCCUCCUCCUUCCCCUACUUCUCCUCCACCCCCUCCUCCACCUCCUACCUCCUCCUGAGCUGCAAACCCCUGCUGCUCUGCCACCGGCUGGUCAUCACACACACCUUCACCAGCCAGCACCGCCUGGACCUGCGCUUCACGCGCUGCGACAGCAGGGUGAAGGCCCUGCUGGGCUACAGUCCUGAGGAGCUGCAGGGCCGCUCCCUCUACCAGCUGUGUCACAUGCUGGACACGAGCCGCCUCAACAGGAGCCACCGCAACCUGCUGUCUAUGAGCCAGUCGGUGAGCGGUCAGUACAGGAUGCUGGUGCGGGGCGGGGGCUACGUGUGGGUGGAGAGCCACAGCGCCCUCCUCAGGCCCGCG